GUCUGGUUUUACUCAGUGAGGGAAAGCCAAAUACAAAUAAGUUGCUUCCCUGUAUUUUUGUAAUUUAAAUAGUGUAUCUAAUUCUAACACUAGGUGGAGACAAAUAGCCAUCAUUGUUUCUUGCAAUUCUACUGUAGGUAUUCUUUACAUAAAGGCACAUGCAAACAUAUGUAAAGUAGCAGUCCAGCAGUUCCUUUAAUGGAUAUUACCACUGAAUGAAAUGACUGCAUGUGAUGUGGAAGGAGUUACUCAGCUAAUCUGAGUUUUUUUUAUAUUUUUAUUGCAGCAUUUCACAUGUAUAUUUAUAGCCACAUGGGGGCAACAGAAAGCUUUUAACACAGUGCUAACCACUGAGUGUCUGAAACUACUCAGUGGUUAGCACUGUCACCUCACAGCAAGAGGGUUUGAGCCAAGGGCUUUUCUGUGUUGAGUUUGCAUGUUCUCCCUGUGCCUGCAUGGUUUCUCUCCAGGUACUCCAGCUUCCUCCCACAGUCCAAAGACAUGCAGCUUAGGUUGGUGAGUGUGAAUGGUUGUUUGUCUAUAUGUGUUGGCCCUGCAAUGGACUGGCGAUCCGUACAGGGUGUACCCCACCUCUCGCCCAAUGUCAGCUGGGAUAGAUUUAAGCACCCCUGCAACCCUUAACAGGUAAGUGCCAUAGAUAGAUGGAUGGAUGGAAACUACUCAUUUAUUGUUCUCUGUGUAAAAGACAUUCAACUUGAUAGUUGAGUAAAAUUUUAGACACUAUGAAAUAUGACUCAUUGCAUUAUGGGAUAUUAAAAGACAGUCCUUUCAGAUACUUUGUAGUUUUUGAAGGGCACUUUAGAACAAUAAAUUCUGACGCCAGUGUAAAAGAGCAGUGGAUAAAUACAUACAGUAAGUAGCGAGUGAGUUUCAGAGAUAACAACUGACAUAUUGACAUAUCACUGUAAGAGGCAAAAAAAGCUUUGUAGGAUUUGAAGAAGUGCAGAUUGUGAUAUAAUUCUCCAUCCAUUGUUAUUAUCACAUUGUUAAUGUGAAAAAAUGGAUCAGUGCAGCUUUAAUCAGCCGCCAGUUCGGGCAACCAAAGCUCUGAUAAACCCACUCCACAUUACCAGCCCAAAACCAAACAUAAGACAAAUUUAUUCAGGAACUAGACCAAACAAGAACUAAAAGGAGACUGAAUAUUGGACUUAGAUUUAGACAUGACUCCCCAGUGUUUAGAUAUUGUAACUUGAAUUGAAGUAUUAAGUCAAAAAGGUACUGCACUAUUAAGUCUCAAUGGAGAGACUGUCAGAAAGGGACUAUUCUUGAUAGUGUUUAAGUCAGACAAAGGGAAAUUAUCUUGAAGAAAUUAAAGGAGGAUGAAGAUCAGUAGCCCAAACUCUUCAUCAACUGGGAGACAUCACAGGUUUACAAAUUAGCCAAUAUAGCAUUAAACUUAGCCUACAAGUGUCAAGAUGGUUGAUGAAAAAGAGCUAACUAAGCAGCUUUCAGCAGUGACAGUGGAAAAGGUUCACUACAGGAAUGUGGAGAUAGACCUGGGACUUUUCAUUCUUUCCCUGUAACUAUUUACUUUGCAGUCCGCCGCCUGUGACAUCAGAACGGAGACUAUAUAAAUGAAUGGAGGUAGGCAGCUUUAAUAAAUACAUCCUCUCCAGAGGAGGAGAAGAAGAAGGGAGUGAGAGUGGACAAGGUGAUGAAGAUGGACAGAAGAGAAAGCCAGGUGGUUUGUUCUUUGCUUUGUAUGAUCACACAGGUGUGGUGUCAGCUGUGUGUUGGUCCAUGUCAGUGUCCGUCCACUGUGCCGCGCUGCCCUGUUGGCAUUCCUUUGGUGUUUGACAGCUGUGGGUGCUGCCAGCUGUGUGCCAGGCAGGAGGGUGAGGCCUGCACCGACCAGCUGCCCUGCGACACACACCGUGGGCUGCAGUGUGAUUACAGUGCCAGCUUCCCUGGAGGACCAGGACAGUGUGUUGGUCAGAACGAGCUGGGCUGUGAGAUAAAUGGCAGGCGGCUGGAGGAGGGCCAGGCUUUUCAGCCUUCCUGUGCACAGCUCUGCCACUGCCUGGGAGGAGGUGUGUCCUGUGUACCUCUGUGCAGUGAUGAUCUGCAGAGACCUACUGAUAAGUGCCCCAAUCCUCAGCUGGUGCGACUACCAGGGCGCUGCUGCAAAGAGUGGAUGUGUCAUGACCUGGACAACAGUAUUUCCUCAAAUCCAUCAGCAG